UUCUCCUGCUUCCUUGAGGCUAACCGUGUUUGUACUCUGUCUGACAAAGAAAGUGGAGGACGAAGAAGAAGAAGAAGAAGAAGAAGGACGAUGAGGAUGAGUUGCAACGGAUGCAGAGUGCUGCGCAAGGGCUGCGGCGACAACUGCAGCAUCAGGCCUUGCCUGCAGUGGAUCAAGUCCCCCGCCUCCCAAGCCCACGCCACCGUCUUCCUUGCCAAGUUCUACGGCCGCGCCGGCCUCAUGAACCUCAUCAACGCCGGCCCCGAACCCCUCCGCCCAGCGAUUUUCCGAUCCUUGCUAUACGAGGCCUGCGGCCGGAUCCUGAACCCAAUUUACGGGUCGGUCGGGCUGCUCUGGGACGGAAGCUGGCAGCUCUGCCAUGCCGCCACGGAAGCCGUCCUCAGCGGCAUGCCGAUCACGCCGAUCGCCUCAGCCUCCGAGGCCGUCGCACCGCCCCUCAAGGCCUACGACAUCCGGCAUGUCCCGAGGGAGGAGAACCCCGCCGCCGCGGCGAUGAUGGCAACUGCUGCAGGUGAGGUCAACGGGGCCAGGCCGAACCGGUCUGGUCGAUUCAAGCGACCUGGAGCCAGGACGAAGGCUCACCAGCACCCGCCGCCGACGGCGACGGUCGAGUGCUGCAACGUAGAGUCGAACAAGUCGCUGAGCCACGAGUCGUCGCUGAGCCACCAGUCGGAGCUGGGGACCGAGAAUGCAGAGGGCGGCGGCGACGACAGCAAGGAGACGGAGAGCAACAGCAUGGUGUCGGCGGAGACCACGACGACAGUGGCCAAGCCCUCUCAGCCGGUCAAAGCAGAGCCGGUGCCGGAGAGCGAAGUGGGGCUCGAGCUGACGCUAGGGGCGAAGCCAGUCUCACGUGAGAGCCGCGUGAUCCCGGUGAAGAAGAGAAGGUUCGAGCAGAGAGACGGAGCGUGCAGGAUGGAGUUGGGGCUUUGACUUGACUCCCAAGUUUUCCUUUCCUUGUUUUUCGCUGACGGCUCUGAGAAUUCGGUAGAAGAGUUUUAUAUAGAUUUCUUCUUCAAUAAGCUUUUGGGUUUGGGUUCGGUACAAAAGUUAUGGAACCAAUUUUUUCUUCUUUCUUUUUUCCCAUUUUUGUGGGUAGUUUCAGCUUUUUUAGGAAUGAAUAUAUCAUCAGGUCUUCUCUUUUACCCAGAAGUAAAUAUCGUGCGCAAGUGCUUCAA